GGCCCCGUCCUCCGGAUGGGGCUGUGGUUUAAGAGCGCGAUCCUGGGCUCGGCGGGCAACUUACGCUGCCUUCACCUGCUUCCGGUUCCGGUUGCGGCGUGUCGUCUUCUGUCCCGCGCGUGGCCAUGGCUGGGAGCCGGCUGGAAACCGUGGGGAGCGUCUUCUCGCGGUGUGUGCUCGGAGUCGGGGACUCGGGACCUGCUUCGGUUUGGGCUGUUGAAGGAGAAGCCCCUCUGGUUUGACGUAUAUAAGGCCUUUCCUCCGCUGAGUGAGCCGGUUUUCCGAAGGCCCCGCUUGCGAUACGGCAAAGCCAAAGCGUCCAUCCAGGAUAUCUUGUACUACGAGGAUCGGAUUAGAGCGAAAUUUUAUUCUGCCUAUGGAUCUGGUCAAAAACCUUUCGAUCUACUCAAUCCAAACUUCAAGUCUGUCUGUCAACGGUUUGUGGAGAAGUACGUUGAGCUACAGAACCUUGGAGAAACAGAUGAAGAGAAGUUAUUUGUGGAAACAGGAAAGGCAUUGUUGGCAGAAGGUGUCAUUUUAAGACGAGUAGGAGAAAUGAGGACUCAGCAAGAAAGUAGUUACAUAGAUGUCAGACCCCAAGCUGUGUUGGACGGAAACCAGCCCGAGGAAGAAGGCAGCCAGGACCAGCAUUCGGAGGCACCCAAGGAGCAGUGGAAAGGUCCCCCUGCUCCCUGAAGGACUUGUGUACUGUGUACGCGGACAGCCACGCUGCGCGCUGGAGGAGGGAGCUGUUUCUAACAGUUGGGCUAUGUAAAUGUUCCCUGAUCUCCAAGGUGCUGUGUUUGCCUUCUCUUAGCUCCCACUUCUGGGUUGUCAUAAGCCCUCUAUCGUGGUUUGUAAAAAGCGGUUUAUGAACUUUUAUUUUAGGACAUCUCUAAAUAAAGAAUUCCGUACUGCUGAUAAAGUAAAUUUA